GGCAAUCCAUCACACGCGCACGCACGGCAUGGACACGGAAAUGGACGACUGGGAUGACUCCACAUUCCUCCUGGUUUUCAUCCUUUUGCAGUGGAUGAACCAUAGGAACGUUGUGGCGAUGGCCGUCGUCCAAGCGGCGUCUGCGGUUCCCACGUCGGUGCCAGGCAUGUCCGAUGCUCUUCUCCUGCUGGGUGGCGCGGUGAUGCACGGCAUGUCGUUGACGUCCGCGGUUGCGGCGAUGGCAGGUCGACGUAUGGAUGAGAGACGACGCGUUUGGGUUUUGCAACGCAGCGGCGGUGUAUGGGAGGAUCUCCAACGACUAGGCGGUCGGCACGAGAAGCUGUUUGAGCGAUUCUGCAGACUCCCCCGACCGUUGUUUUACGAGGUGCUAGCUCGCAUCACUCCUCAUAUCCAGAGGCAGGAGACGAAUUGGAGACAGCCUCUACCGGCAGCUCAGAAAUUCGCUUGCGCGCUCAUGCGAUGGGCGACAGGAGGGUUCUACAGGCAAUCGGCACACUCACUAGGUAUGAGACUUGCAAGUGGCCUGCGUAGCAAUGAGGAUGUCGCUGAUGCUCUCAUCAAUGAGUACGGCCACCUGCUUCAAUUCCCGACUGGCCAAAGGCUUCAAGACACAAUUGACGCUUUCGAACGCAAAGGGUUCCCCGGUUGUGUCGGGGCAAUCGAUUGCACCCACGUUUACAUAGAGAAGCCAAGGAACAGGAGGGGAGAGUGUUAUUACGAUCGGACAGGCCAAUUUUCGGUGGUCGCGCAAGUGGUUUGCGACCACGAAUGCCGUAUCACUAGUGCAUACGUUGGCAGUCCCGGAUCAGUUCAUGACAGUCGCGUGCUACGAGUCUCCCCUAUCUAUCGACAAGCACAAGGGGGGACGGGUGUGUUCGCGACUGGGAGUGAAGUCCUGCGCGACGGACGGAGGGUGGGCAGGUACUUCCUUGGUGACGCUGGUUACCCGCAGCUGCCAUGGUUGAUGACACCGAUUGGAGGGAACAACAGGACGCCAGCGGAGCGAGUUUAUGACGACUGUCACACGUCAGCGAGGUCUUGCAUCGAGCGCACGUUCGGCCGCCUGAAGAAGGUGUGGAGAAAUUUCAUGCGGCGACAUAUCGCGAACAUGAAAACUCUUUGUAAGGAGUUCAUGGCCAUUUGCAUACUCCACAACAUCAUGGUGGAGUCGAAGGUGGAGAUCGAUCCGGAGAUGUUGUCUGAUGAUAGCUCCAGUGACGAAUGUGAUGGUCAGACGACGGCACGCCGCAGACGGCGUGGCACACGAAGACGGUCUUGUGGUCCUCCACCACCUCCAGAGGAAGACGCUGCGUGCGCCAUGGCCUUGGGGAAGGAGUUGAGGGAGAGCCUCAUUGGCCAUGUUGCGCACCACGCGCGGUCCACGGCCGAACCCGUGGCAGCGUUGAUGUUCUUCGUGUGUUUCAUGUUUUCGAACAAUGGAAAACGCGACUAUUGACAGGACUUGAUUUCGCAAAUGACUUUAAUCUCUCUCUCUCUCUCUCUCUCUCUCUCUCUCUCAAUCUCAAUCUCUCUUUGUGUUUUUGACCGAUAACUUCAAUCUGUCACUCGAAGUCGGUGUGAUGAAUGACCCAUCAACGAAGUUAUAAUGUGCUUCAUAUGUUGAUUGAUGUGUGAAUGCAUGAUCAACUGAUUCGUUCGUUGAUUGCUUAUGUGUGUGUUUGCUUGAUUAAUGGAGUGGUGGUUCAUUCCCAAAUUCCGAGAAGUUGCAAUGAUGGUUUUUCCAUCCUUCGCUUGAAACAUAAAACAAAGACUGCUGAUGAUC